AUGGAUCGCGGCUUCUGGUGCCCGACGGGUGUUCGAGUCGCGACGGCAACCCGCCUUGCCCGAUAUGCGGAAAGUUCAACCUCGGUUCCCGGGAGAGGGUCGGCGACCGGAUCUUCAAAAUCUUUCUCCUGUGGACUGUACCGGUACGAUGGCCGCAACGGCGUUCGGCGACACUGCCGUCUUUUCCCCAAUAGUGCCAGGGUCAUCAACCGUUACAUCCACUCCGUCUGCCCCGAACACCUGUACACUUCUUUCGGGAUUUUUCGGGACCUCUCGGUCCCUCUUCAUCGGGAUGAUGAUCGUCCCAGCCUGGUUUUGCCCUUGACUACUUUCUCUGGUGGCGAGAUCUUCGUCGCCGACGGCUCUGACACUUUCCGUUUGCCCGGCUCGUCCCUCACGGGCUCCUUGCUGGACGAUGGCUUCCUCCUUCGAGCAUUGCACUCUGCCUUGGAUUGGUUGUCGAACUGUCUUCGUGGCCUACUCUGUCCCUCUCCUACCCUCUCGGGCUCCCUGCUCUUGGAGUUUCUGAUGCCCAGCGUGUUGCACGUGCCAAUACCCUUUAAGCAUUUUGCCUGCGGCUGGCUGCUUGUUGCGCUUCCCUUCGUUUGGUUUUCUGCCUUGAAGUACCGGACCAGGCUCCUAUUACCCGGGCCGUCUUGCGAGCUCUGGCGCGCCUCGGCGGUGCGGCUUCGGCUGAUGCUUGGUCGCGUCUUCGGCAAGUUCCCUUUCAUUCCUGCAUGCACGGCGCGUCGCACCGCUCUGCUCGCUGCUUGUUCGCUUCGUCUGGAGCCUUCGAUAGCCUUGGUUUGGUUUGCCAGCACUCCCCCGACUUUCACAGACCCUCUCGCCCUCGCCAAGCGCCGGCUGCACGUGAUUCAAACCGUCAAGGAAAUGAGGCAGGAUCUGGCUGCAGAGUAUGACGACCUUGGGGUUUGCGACAUGGAGGCCGAGGAUCUCUUCGAGGCUACUCUCAAAGAAGUGCAUCGGGGCGAUCUCUCCGGCCCAUACACGGAGGAUGAAGUCCGUGUGAUUGAUGACGCCAAAAUUUCCGGACUCAAUUCGGCUUUUGAGAGAUCGUUCGGGAUUGCCUUGAUGGACGUUGAUUGCCUGGCCGCCUUGCUGGCCUCCUUUCUUCUGGAGCAAGCAGAGGGCUCUGAAUGGGUUUACUUCCGUUGCGACGUGCUGCCCUUCGGGGCCUCUGCAUCAGCUUUCUCAUUCCUACGAGUCUAUCGAUCAGUCCAUUUCUUGAUGGCCAAAUACUUGAGUUGCCUCAACACGGUUUACUUCGACGACUCCCCGAUAGUCGAGCCUGGCUUCGGGGCCCCGGUCCUACGUUCGGCGGUCCAUGCUCCCUUGAACGCCUUGGGAUGGGCAUUCGACUCCGAGAGGGGGACAAGCGGCUUGAGCUUCAGGAUUUGCAAACUCCAGGCGAUGUUCCAAGCUUGUGCCGACAAGGGUUGCAUCACUUACGCGGAAGGGGCUGUCAUUCAGGGCGUUUUUGAUCUCAGUGUGCACCGCCCGCCGUGGCUCAUCUUCACGGAUGGAACGUAUGAGCAGGGGAAGGCAACUGCUGGUGUGGUGUGGUACGACCCCGACGGGGAUCGGGCCCAUACUGCUGAGAUCGACGUGCCACCAUCCUUGAUUGGGUUGUGGCAGCGCGUGGCCGGAGCACAGAUCAUCUCUCAGGUCGAGGCCUGGGCUUGCUUGGUCGCCAGAAAGUUUCUAGCGCCGAGCCUUUUGCAACGCCAAACCAUAGCUUGGAUCGACAACGAGGCUGCCCGUACGAGCUUGAUCAAGGACUCAUGGGAUUCCGCUUCCAUGAGGGACAUUUCAAGGUUGUACCAUCAGCUUGACUUGAUGCACCCUUCUCUGAUCUGGCUGGAGAGGGUGGCGUCUCACUCGAAUCCGGGUGACUGGCCUUCCAGGGGCCUUACAGGCGAGGCAAGCAGGCAGCUGGGUGGGUGCCUUGCUAUGCCAAAGGAUUUGCGAUCCGCAGCUCGAAGGUGCUCUGCUUAUGCUGGAAGCGGAUCCCUUUGA